UCACUCUGCGCCUGUGCGGAAUUCCAGCUGCAACUGCUGUGGGGGAGAAGAUGCCCAGGUUGGGCUCCGCGGCCGCCGGCCGAGGGGAGGCCCGCACUGCACACGCGCAGACCGAGCAUCCGCGUCAAAAGCCGAAGAGAGCGCGCGCUCCCCACGUCCUGCGCGUCCAGCUGCCAGGCAUUAGUCCCUGCCGUGACUCCCGCUGGGCCCGGACGGGCUGGCGCGCCCUCGUCUGAAAAGCAAUGCCCCGGGAGAUCAUCACCCUGCAACUGGGCCAGUGCGGCAACCAGAUUGGGUUCGAGUUCUGGAAACAGCUGUGCGCCGAGCAUGGUAUCAGCCCCGAGGGCAUCGUGGAGGAGUUCGCCACCGAAGGCACUGACCGCAAGGACGUCUUUUUCUACCAGGCAGACGAUGAGCACUACAUCCCCAGGGCGGUGCUGCUGGACCUGGAGCCGCGGGUGAUCCAUUCCAUCCUCAAUUCCCCCUAUGCCAAGCUCUACAACCCAGAGAACAUCUACCUGUCAGAGCAUGGAGGAGGAGCUGGCAACAACUGGGCCAGCGGAUUCUCCCAGGGUGAGAAAAUCCAUGAAGACAUCUUUGACAUCAUAGACCGAGAAGCAGAUGGAAGUGACAGCCUAGAGGUCCCUGGAGGCUGCCUCUCCAUCCCUCCCUUGCAGGGCUUCGUGCUGUGUCAUUCCAUCGCCGGGGGAACUGGUUCUGGCCUGGGUUCCUACCUCUUAGAGCGACUGAAUGACAGGUACCCCAAGAAGCUGGUGCAGACAUACUCAGUGUUUCCCAACCAGGAUGAGAUGAGUGAUGUGGUGGUCCAGCCCUACAACUCACUGCUCACGCUCAAAAGGCUGACCCAGAAUGCAGACUGUGUGGUGGUGCUGGACAACACAGCCCUGAACCGGAUUGCCACAGACCGCCUGCACAUCCAGAACCCAUCCUUCUCUCAGAUCAACCAGCUGGUGUCCACCAUCAUGUCGGCCAGCACCACCACCCUGCGCUACCCCGGCUACAUGAACAACGACCUCAUCGGCCUCAUCGCCUCGCUCAUUCCCACACCACGGCUCCACUUCCUCAUGACCGGCUACACACCCCUCACCACGGACCAGUCGGUGGCCAGCGUGAGGAAGACCACGGUCCUGGAUGUCAUGAGGAGGCUCCUGCAGCCCAAGAACGUGAUGGUGUCCACGGGCCGGGAUCGCCAGACCAACCACUGCUACAUCGCCAUCCUCAACAUCAUCCAGGGGGAGGUGGACCCCACCCAGGUGCACAAGAGCCUGCAGAGGAUCCGGGAACGGAAGUUGGCCAACUUCAUCCCCUGGGGCCCAGCCAGCAUCCAGGUGGCCCUGUCCAGAAAGUCGCCCUACCUGCCUUCUGCCCACAGGGUCAGCGGGCUCAUGAUGGCCAACCACACCAGCAUCUCCUCGCUCUUUGAAAGUUCCUGCCAGCAGUAUGACAAGCUGCGGAAGCGGGAGGCCUUCCUGGAGCAGUUCCGCAAGGAGGACAUCUUCAAGGAGAACUUUGACGAGCUGGACAGGUCCAGGGAGGUCGUGCAGGAGCUCAUUGACGAGUACCAUGCAGCCACGCGGCCAGACUACAUCUCCUGGGGCACCCAAGAGCAGUGACUUCCUCCCCACUGCACCCGCUGGACAGUAAGCACAGCCCCCAUCAUGCCUGGUCCCUCUGGUCCAAAUUCCCCUCACCAACAACCUUUCUAGGUUCUUCUUCAGCCCAGGAGUCGGCCCUGCUUCCUCCCUUCCAUGCCUGGCCCUUGAUAUGCUUAUUUAGCUCUAAUAAAGUAAUAAAGCUGCACUGUGA